AUGAGAUUCCCUCCCCUGCCGAAUCUCAGCGUAACAGAGUCGUAUCAUAUGAACAUAGGCACACUCGAUCCUUCCCGGCUGUCCCCGGACGACUACCUGCACCUCGAGGGCUGGUCCUGCUUCGUUCACGACCGGAAUUCCCUUGUCCGGGGAGACGGUAUUGACGAGUGGACACCGACAUAUAAACAGACCGAUGAAAUUCUCUUCUCGCCCUAUUACGACUGCUUGUCCUACGGACUCAAACCAUCUUUCAUACGUCCUUUCCCUCCCAAUACGCGCGGGUUUCUGUAUUACUCCUAUCCUGCGGCGGGGUCGCGCGGGAUCGAGUACGAAUUCAUGGGAGAAGUCCGUUUCCGCCUUUGCGAUCAUCCCAGCCUCGAAUCUUUUUCUCAAGGAGUAGACCUCCAGGAUCAUGCCUGCUGCCCGAUCGCAUGGCGCAUCCAUUCACUAGACAUCGCUGCGCUGCCAGAAUACGCAAUGUUACAUCAGAUGCUUGUACGAGAUGGAUUAGUUCACCCAUUGGGGAUGGAGCAUAUGAGAUGGACAAGGGCUUAUGACCCUCAAUUCCGGAAAUUCUGGCAGGUUCCACCCAACGCGAUCUACAACAUCGAUGACCCAUUCUGUAUCGACCUCGCUGACCGCGACAACGUGUUGUGGGUGGUGUACGAAGAUAUAGUGUACAAACUGCCGAUGAAGACUAGAUUUCUGGAUAUGAGAAAUGGGCAAUCGUUUGCGCCGUAUCGUGGCACUAUUCUCGUGAAAUUCGAGCGAUCGACUCUCCCUGAAGAUAAGGGUUGGCGUACCCUUCUCUUGCGCGUCGUGGAUAUCGUGAAACCUGUCAAAUGCGUCCUUCCCGCGUAUGAUGAAUACGUGAGUAGACCGACAUUAGGACAACUGCUACAGCGAGGUGGCCGUCCCAUCAAAUUCAGAUGCGAUUCUGAGAGAUCUUCAUCGCAAGCCGCCUGGACAUGCGAGUUUCUUUAUGGAUACGAAGAUGAUGUCGAAUGA